UAUUUCGGACGCCAUUUGAAGGCGCCACCACUCUGGAGCAUGACGUUUUACCGAGAAAACGAAACUUGCGGAGGGGCACGGCUGAAUCGAAAGUCUUCAGACAUUGACGCAGAGUAAAGAUGAAAAUGGAAAAGAUGCACUAUAUUGAGAUUUGUACCUUGUUUUCCCAUUUUUAUGUGAUUUGAGUCGGCAUUCCGGCCGCUGUGUUGUUUAUGAUGGAAACGGGAAACUACGUAGCUAAACUAAACGAGUAUGCACAGAGGACGCGGUCGCAGCUGAAAUAUGAGGACGUCGGAUCUGUUGGCCCUGAUCACAUUAAAACAUUUACCCUAAGAGCAGUCCUGAAUGGUAAGGCGUAUCCUGAUGGUGUGGGGAAGAACAAGAAGGAAGCCAAACACAAUGCAGCAAAAAAUGCUCUAAAAGGCUUGUUGGAGGAACCGGUUGACUCUACAGAAACUGUAGCAGAAGUGUCUGCAGCACCAGUUCAUCAGGCAAGUGUCACUACCAUCAACUAUAUAUGUUGGCUCAAUGAAUAUGGCCAGAGGAAAAGGGUGCUGAUAAAGGCUGUGGAGUCAACAAGACCAGGGCCUCAUGAUGCCACGCAAUGUUGUAGGUUCAUGGUUGACGAUAAGGAGUACCCAGCUGCCUAUGGGAAGACAAAGAGGGAAGCUAAGGAGGAAGCAGCCAAGCUUGUAUAUCAUGAGAUAUGUGGUAGUAAAACUACAGAUACUGGAGAUGAGAAAUCAAGCAGCACAACAUGUAAUCAAAAGGAGGAUCUGAAUCAAAAUGUGUCUGAGAUCUGUGAUAAGAUAAAGAACUUGAGCGUGAAGACAGAGGACAAAAGCUUUAUAGAGACAAAUUUCAUCGGAAUGGUCAACCACUAUUGUCAGAAAACAGCUCGCUCCCAUACAUUCAUUGAAGAGAAGAGAUGCGGCCCCCCUCAUAACCCUCAAUUUUUCUACAAGUUGGUGAUCAACGACAAGGACUACCCUGUGGGUGAGGGUAAGACUAUCAAGGACGCCAAACAAAAAGCAUCUCAGCUGGCCUGGUCUGCUCUUCAAGAACAGUCAGACUGGGAUAGCAAGGUAUCUUUCUUCUUAGCUGAUGAUGGUGCGCUAGCGAAGCUGCCCACAACACCAAGCACUCAAAAGUCCCGUGAUGCAAAAUCAGAAAGCUUGCCAGCGACUACAAGUAACCCAGUUGUUUUCGCCAAUUCAUCAAACUCUCCCAAGAUUCAGGAUCAAAGUCCUGAUGUGAAGCCCAAAAGAAAAAUUGCAGCAAUUUUCCAAAAUGCCCACAGAAACAGCAAAGAGGAUAUAAUGGCCAAUUCCGAUGACAAGAAUAUAGGAAAUAGUCCGAGUGCGAAAACAUCAACCCCGUCAGUAAUUUCAAGGUUUACAGCAGAAUUUGAGUCCAUAGAUUGUCUGGGCAAAGGAGCCUUUGGUCGUGUUUUCAAGGCAAAACAGAAACUACUAGGGAAGUAUUUUGCAAUAAAGAUUGUCCGCUGCAAAGAAAAAGCUUUACGAGAGGUGGGGGCAUUAUCAGACCUCCACCAUAGUAACAUUGUUCGAUACUACACAUGUUGGAUGGAAGACACAGGAUACCAGUGGGACACUGCAGCUGAGAAUUGCAGCACUUCCCAGUCUACUGGUAAUUCACCUGCAAAGUUCCUCUAUAUUCAGAUGGAGUUAUGUGACACCAAAACACUCAGAGUGUGGAUAGAUGAGAAGAAUACACAGAAUGUGAGGAAAUCUCUGCGAGACUCCAAGAGAAGAGAAGACAGUCUAACUAUUGCACUGCAGAUAGUCAGUGGAGUUGAGUACAUUCACUCCAAGAUGCUCAUCCACAGAGACCUGAAGCCUGCCAAUAUCAUGUUUGGGCGCGAUGGAGAAGUGAAGAUUGGGGACUUUGGUCUGGUCACUGCCGAGAAUGAUGACGAUGCUGAAAACCUGCUGGAGAGAACAGUGUACAAAGGAACCCCAUCGUACAUGGCUCCUGAGCAGAAGACCAGGAACACUUACGACCGGAAAGUGGACAUAUUUGCUCUGGGUUUGAUAUAUUUUGAACUCCUCUGGAACCUCCCUGCUGACCAACAAAGAAAAGCAAUCUGGGAUGGUGCCAGAAACCAGAACUUUCCUCAAGGGUUUUCACACAAUUUUCCCCAUGAGAGACAAAUUAUAAAGUCAGCGCUGUGUGUGAAGCCAGAAGAUCGACCUGAAGCAACUAAAUUAAAGACUGAUUUGGAGGAGUACACUCAUACAUUUAUGAUGCUAAAAAACACGAGUCGCGACAGUAGGACUGUUUGAUUAUUACAAGAAAAUAUUCAAACAAAAGGAAAAAAAAUGUCAGUCGUCACAUGCAUGACUGUUUAUUCAGCACCAUAUUCCACUUUACAUGUACUUGGAUGUUAUUGAAUGCUAAGGAGAGUGUCUUUUUUAAUAACUGUUUUUUAUGAACUGAUGUGACAUAAUUUAUUAUGAUCAUGAUGAACAAGAAACCUCACUCAUUUUAUAUAACUGAAAGCAACAUUAAAUUAAAAUUGUGUCAUUAUUCACUUUUAACAAACAAUUAUGUCAUGGGAAAUUACUUUGUCAACUGGUAUUGAAAUUAUGAUGGAAAUUGUUUAAUGAAUUCAAAGUGAUGUGCCAUUACAGCCUUAGCUUCAUAAUGAAGAGGCUUAUUUGGAAAAUAAAACAAUUGUCAACUAGGGUGUAAUGAUCAUUCAA